AUGGCUUUUCAGCAAGGUGAAGUCAUGACUACUGUACCGGCCCAGUCCUCCUUGUCCUUUACGCAAGGGUUCCUCCUGGGUCAGCUCUCCGUGGUGCUGCUGAUUGGUGCCUUCAUAAAAUUCUUUAUUUUCGGCGAAGCACCGCCGCCGCCAUCCCGUGGCCUUCGGGCUUCGACCCAUCGACGCUCUAAUUCGAUAUUCUCCCAAGAUGCGCCUCCUAGAUCGUUAAGAGAGAAACCCUCUACGUCCAAUGUCCUUCGUCCAGUCCCGUCGUCCGCAACCAAUACGCGAUCGAUCCUGCGGAAAACAUACUAUAGUGCGAUCCCGCCCAACCCGUCGUCGAAACAUGGCAGACACCGGAUACAUCAUUCCUCCCAUCAACCCGAGUCUUUGGACUGGUUCAACGUUUUGAUUGCACAGACAAUCGCGCAGUAUAGGCAGACGGCGUAUUCCCUGAAAGACUCUCGGACAUCCUCCAUCCUACAUUCGUUGAAUGCAGCUUUGAAUAACCCGGAGAAGAAGCCGUCUUUCAUUGAUAAGAUCGCAGUCACGGAUAUUUCACUUGGAGAGGAGUUCCCGAUAUUCAGCAACUGCCGCAUCAUUGCUGUUGACGACCCAAUGUCCGACGGUGGCAGGCUCCAGGCUUUGAUGGACGUAGAUAUGAGUGAUGAUAACCUCUCUAUUGCCGUGGAAACAUCAUUGGUUCUCAAUUACCCUAAACCGUGCUCCGCAAUCCUACCUGUCGCCCUGUCGGUAUCUGUUGUUCGGUUUUCGGGCACACUCUGCAUCUCACUUGUUCCUGCAUCCACUCCGCCACUUCAUACACCUUCUCCCAUGCCGUCGCCCCCAACAGCAGAGGCACAACAAGGGGAUAACCGUACCGGGAAACAGCCGACUGAUGCACAAGGCGGUGACGUUCCGCCGAACUCUUCACCAAAGAGCAAUGUUGCGUUCUCUUUCUUACCCGACUAUCGACUGGACCUGUCCGUGCGGUCCCUGAUUGGCUCCCGUAGUAGACUCCAGGACGUGCCCAAGGUUGCGCAGUUGGUAGAAGCACGGGUCCACGCCUGGUUCGAAGAGAGGGUUGUCGAACCCCGAGUGCAAGUUGUGGGGCUCCCGGAUCUUUGGCCGCGCAUGGGUAGGACAGGCGUGCGAACGGGCGACGACUCUGAGACUGGCUCUAAUACAGCCUCUCGAUCAGCAAUGUCAGUCGAUCUGGGCGGACCACUUCGGAGCGACGAUGGUGAUCAUGAGCCGGAAGCAAUUCGGUUUCGAGGGUUAGGCCCACGGCCGCCGAUACCUUUCGAUGUUAUAUCCCGAACGAGUAGUUACCAAGUUGAAACUGGUGGUGCUCGCAGUCCGAGUUUAACCCGAGAGCGGAGCUUGGGCGAUGACUACCACAUGCCUGGGUCCAUGCCCGAUAUGUCAGGCCCUAAUUGA